AUGGUGAGAUACGCUGCCACCCCUGCCAACAGCUCGAAGACUGCCUUGUCUCGUGGCUCCUACCUCCGUGUUCACUUCAAGAACACCCGUGAGGUCGCUGCUGCCAUCUCCGGCAUGAAGUUGAAGAAGGCCCUCACUUACCUCGAGGACGUCAAGGAGCACAAGCAGGCCAUCCCUUUCCGUCGCUUCCACGGCGGUAUCGGUCGCACUGCCCAGGCCAAGCCUUUCGGUAUGACCAUGGCUCGCUGGCCCGCCAAGUCCUGCGAGUUCGUCUUGGAUUUGCUCAAGAACGCCGAGUCCAACGCCGAGGUCAAGGGCUUGGAGCAGGAGGCUCUUGUCAUCAAGCACAUUCAGGUCAACCAGGCUCCCCGCCAGCGUCGCCGCACCUACCGUGCUCACGGUCGCAUCAACCCCUACAUGUCGUCCCCUUGCCACAUCGAAAUCAUUCUCGCUGAGGAGAACGAGGCCGUCAAGCGUGAGGUUGAGGCCAAGAAGCCCAAGCUCAACGCUCGCCAGCUCGCUGCCCGUGCUCGUCGUGCUUAA